UCCAUAACCAGCAGCCAUUAAUCAUGUCGAAACGUAUUCUCGCCCUGACCUUGUUUGUUGUUGGUUGCCUGGGGCACGGUCGAAUUGAUGAUCCCCCUCAUCGCGGAACAUUAUGGCGACAUCCUGAGUACGCCUGGGCUAACCCGGGACACAUUGCGGACGACACGGAACUGCAUUGUGGUGGUGAACAGGUCUCCUAUCCAAACAUAAACGCAUGCGGCUUCUGUGGCGACCCAAUCACCCAAGCGCUUCCUAGGCGUCACGAAAUCGGCGGUGAACACGAGCGCGGUCUGAUCGUUCGAAACUACACUGUUGGACAAACCGUCGACGUUCAAAUCCACUGGCAAGCCGUGCACGGUGGUUGGCACGAAUUCCGUCUUUGCGACUACAGCCGGACCGGGUACGAGAGCGAGACUUGUUUCCGAGCAAACCCACUCCGUUUCGGGGACGGUUCCCUUCGAGUGUACGAGAUUGACCGGCAAGGUGUCACCAGCCUACAAAUCCAACUACCCCAAGGACUCAGCUGUGACCGGUGUGUACUUCAAUGGGAAUGGGCCGCCGAGAAUGGACAGUUUUACAGAAAUUGUGCCGAUAUUUCUAUUCAUUAAGGAUAUUCAAGAUUUCGAGAAUUCUACUUAAAUGUUAAAAGCAUUAUAACCUCUGUAUCUUUGAUUAAAUCAGUAAUUAUUUGCUGAAAAUAGAA